AUGCCACCGAGAGGAGCACUCUUUGGAUGCCGUGGAGGUCCAAACCUCCCAAUUUCGAUUUCAUCAUCUUCAGACUCUUCGCCGCCAUCUACUCCGACACAACUUCCCACUCCUAGUUUUGAGGCUACACUGUCGGGCUCUAGCUUUGAGACUGACCCAUCUGAAGGGUCAUAUGAUCAGACACCGGUGCACAUGCCACUGUCUCCAGACCCGUACUUUAUGGACAUCGAGGUGGCUGUUGUACAUGAUAGUCCAGUGCACAGAGAUCAUCCCGCAGCUCCUGCAUCUCCUGCCGCUCAUAUUCCACCAGCCCCUGGCGCACCUACUCCGGCAACACAGCCUGAACCAGCGCCAACUGAUCCAGCUAAAAUAGCACUUCUAGAACAGAUGGCUGAGAUGGACUUGGGGACGAAGCGUUACCAGGGAGGUACUGAUCCCUUUGAAGCUGAUGCAUGGCUACACAAUCUCGAGCAGAACUUUGCUGCAACCCGUUGUCCAGAAGAAUUCAAGAAGGACGUGGCUUUUUACUAUCUAGAGAAAGACGCCAUCAGUUGGUGGUUAUGUGUAGAGAGUAACUUUGGAGACUUCCAUCUGAGUUGGGCUGACUUCCGUACAUCGUUCGUUCGAAAGUAUUUUCCACCGGAGGCCUGUGAUCGAUUGGAGAUUAAAUUCAUGGAGCUAGUUCAAGGAGGAUUAUCUGUUAGGAAGUAUGAGGCAGAGUUCACCCGUCUCAGGAAGUAUGUCCACUAUGGUCGGGAGGACGAGAUGAUGAUUAUCCGUAAGUUCCUUCGAGGACUUAACCCAUAUAUCAGGAGCAGACUUGAGGCAGUAGAGUUUCAUAGGCUUGCUGAUCUUGUUGAGCGUGUUGUGAACGUUGAGGAGGCCAUUGAUGCUGAGAGAGCUUCUUCUUGCCAUUCCGCACAACCUAGACGUCCAUCUGUUCUGUUCCAACCUCAGCCGCAUUCUGCUAUGCAGCAAGGACGAGGAGGUAGAGUUUUUUGUGGGGAUCUUUCUGGAGGUCCUAGACCUAGAACCCCGACUUGUUUCACUUGUGGCCAGCUGGGCCAUGUUAGGCGAGAUUGUCCGAACGUGGGACAGUUCCAAUCGGCUGGACCAUCUCACAUUACUUGUUUCACGUGCGGAGAGCGAGGACAUUACGCGACAUCAUGUCCACACACUCAUCUUGCUCAGCCUGUUGUUUCGAGUACUCGACCCAUUGAACCAGCUAACCCACCUUUACCCUUACCUCCUGCUAAGCGUCAAGCCACUGCUGGUAGGGCUUACGCUUUAGAGUUACCAGGACCAUCCGGACCACCUCAGGGUCCGACUUCAGAUCAAGUUCUUGAAGCGGAAGGCUGCAUUCUAAGAGUUCCAAUCAUUAUCCAAGAUAUGGUUUUCCCGGCUCAUUUGUUAGUUCUCCCAUUAGAGAGGUACGAGGUAAUCUCAGGGAUGGAUUGGCUGUCAAGUUACCGAGCUCACCUUGAUUGUGGUCGAGGGAAUAUUAUUUUCGAGAGAGAUACCCAACCCCUUUUAGCUUACCACGACAUAGUACCAAGUGUUGGAGCGUCAUUAGUAUCACAAUUUAGGAUUGAAAACCUUUUGGAGAAGGGUGAAGAAGUAUACUUAGUAACCUUGGUUGCUGGACCAGUAGAAGACGAGAAAAAGCAGAACAUGGAAGAAAUACCAGUAGUCAGAGAAUAUGAGGACCUAUUUAAGGCAUUAAAGGGAUUGCCACCAUCUAGGAGUAACCCCUUUAGUAUAACCUUAGAACCCGAAUCCGCUGCAAUAGCAAAGUCACUGUAA